AUGCUAAGGGAUCAAGAGCAAAAGGUAUUUUGGAAACCCUUCAAACAAGGAGGAAUGGCUCCUCAACCAAGAUCAGGUCACAGUUUCACUCAAGUCGGCUCAUCCUACGUCCUUUUUGGUGGUGUCUCAACAGAGCAGAAAGAUCGAGCUUGUCCUAACAAUGACGUUUAUACUCUCAGAGUUCUUGUCAACGAUGGUGUAUGGUCCAAAGAAAAGCCAAGAGGCGAUAUCCCUCUACCUCGUACGCAUCAUGCUGCAUGCGAGUUACCAGGUGAUCGCCUUUUGAUUUUUGGCGGCCUUUAUACAUCUAGCAAAAGAUUCAAUGAUACUUACAUAUUGCAUGUACCGUCUAUAACCUGGAGUCAGCCUCCUAAUCAAAAAUCAGGAAGAGAGCCUGAUAUCAUGAAUAUAUAUGAAUAGAAAAAUUACUUGAAAAUUUAACACCUUAACACCCUAACACCCUGGCCUCAAAAAAUUAUUAACUCACCCUCCUAAAUCCCUAUUUUUUUGGGUUAAAACCCACCCUCCAUGAGAGAAAAAAAAAAUUAUAUUAAUGAAAUCUCUAGCUAAUUCUGUUUAAUUUUAAACAGCUUGCGUUUAAACAUAAAUUUUUGCAAUCAAAUUAAUAUUUGCUCUCCAAUUUGUGCGAUAAUGAAUUUUUUUAAAUUUCAAAAAAAAUUUACUAUAAAAUUAAUUUUUUAAAAAAAAAAUUAUCCUCUAAAAGCAAACAAACUUUUUUUUUUAUCUGCUCACAGAUGGAGUAUAAUAUAUAGUUCAAGAGAAUAAUUCUCCUAGCCAAAUUGGAGCGCCAGAACCAAGAGCAUUCUGCACUGCAAGUUUGAUUGACAAAAAAGUUUACAUCUUCGGAGGCUAUGGAGGAGUUUACUACCAAAGCAAAGCUUUUAACGAUAUUUACAUGCUUAACAUCGAAAACUGGGAAUGGAGCAAAAUCGAAGCAACUGGUCAAGUCCCAGAACCUAGAACAGGACAUGCAGCAUGCGUAAUCGGAUCAAAAUUACUGAUAUUUGGAGGAUGCUCAAAUAAUACCCAAUUCAAUUCAUGCCACUUAUUUGAUCCAAACACUAGAGAAUGAAGCGAUAUAGAGCUUACUUAUGGAAUCCCCAGAUGGAAUAUGUCAGCUAUUUUCGUCGAAGCCAUCCCAUCAAACAAAUUUUUCAUUUUCGGAGGAUCCGUAGGAGAUUUUGAUGAAGGCUCACAAAGAAAUAUCGGAAAAUUAUCCAAUGAUGUAUUUGUGCUAGACAUAAAUACAAUGAGAUUUGACAGGGACUCAGACAAAGUCCAAGAAGAAUUAUUAUCAAUCCCUGAAGAAGAAAAAUUUUUACCUAGGCCAAGAGAGUAUGGAAGUAUGGUAUUCGACAGAUCAGAAAGCAGAAUUCUAGUAUUUGGAGGCUGGAAUGGAAACUGGCUAGGAGACUUAAGCACUUUAAGUGUUGCAAAAAUUGUAGGGCCACCUUAUGCAGUUGAAGAAUGCCACCCAUCCUUAGGACCACUUACAGGAAAAACAAAAAUCACUAUAAGAGGUGUAGGAUUCCAAGACACAUCACAAAUUUCAGUGCGUUUUGUUUGCCACAAGCAAGUGAUCAACGUCAAUGCAACUUAUGUCAGUGAAACUGAAAUUACUUGUGAAAGCCCAAGCUUUGAAGCAAUUGGUCCAAAAGAAGCAGAAGUCCGUGUCUCGUUUAAAGGUGGAGCUUAUACCAUUACUCAUACCACAUUUAAAUACUUUAUGAACACUAGAGCGCUUAAAUCACUUGCAUAUGGGCCAGGUCUCUUAAAAGAUGGAGCAGCAGGAGUCCCCACAGUUUUCUUCAUUCAAGCCCGUAAUGACCUUGGAGAAAACAGAAAAUCAGGUGCUGAUAACUUCAUAGUAAAAAUUACAGCUGCGGACCUUGAAAUUCCUUUUACAAUUGUAGAUCGUGAUGAUGGCUCUUAUGAAGUUAUACUAGUCUAGAAGAAUAUUUUUACUAUAUAACAGCUAAAACCAUUUUUUUUAAAGAAAAAUACGCUUAUUAAACAGUAUUUUUAAAUCAAAAUAAUCUGAUUAAGCAUACUUUUACCCCACCGGAAAAUGAAUUAAACGUUGAAGUCCUAUUCGAAGACGAAAAACAGCAAAUCACUCACAUCCGUGGCUCACCAUUCCACCCUUACUUCAAAAGUGGGGUGUCUAAUAAAAACAACGAUCCAUUAGGUCCAGCUAUGAAUAACUUCAUCCAUGGUACUCUUUCAGAGCUAGAAGAAUUCAUAAACCUGACUCAAGAUGGUAUCAAUAUUAAGCACAAGCAUUUAGGCGAUGAUGUAAAGCAACUGCUUAAAGUGAAAAAACAUAUUGAAGACGUUGAAGAAAGAGGUGAUGAAGUAAUCUUGAAAAUGGACGAACUUGAUGAAGCUCUACAGAUGUUCGAAAAAAAUGACCAUCCCAAAGACAGUGAAUCUAAAAAACUCAAAAAACUGACUGAAAAUUGGGUUGGACUACAGAAAAAAGCUAAAGAAGUGAAAAAAGAUAUAGCACCAAUGGUAGCUACAGAAGCUGAUAAAUGCAAGCAGCAAAUUAAAAAUUUUGAAGAAGAACUUAAGGUGUACUUUAAUAAUGUAAAGAAAAAAGAUUUCCAAAAAUACGAAACAGGAGUCUACAACGCUCUUAAAAGUUUAACUGAAGAAGAAUCGAAACUUGGAAAUGACCAAAAUGCAUUAGAUGAGCUAGAACAUCUUGCUAUUUAUUUUGGGUUCCCAGAAGCAGUCACUGGAUGUCUUAAACAGCUAGAACAAAACCAAUUUGAUGUGAAAACUAUGAGACAGCUAUGGAACCAUAUAGAAAAAGUCUUAGCUAUGUAUGACAAGUAUUUAGGCUCAACCUGGUCAGAAAUCCAAUCGAGUGAAUGGGAAGAAGACAAUAAAAAGCUGAUGGGUAAUCUGAGAGAAAUGAAAGCUGACAAAAAGUCAAGCGCUUUCCAAGGUAUUAACGCCACUAUGAAAACCUGGGCUACUUUCUUACCUUUAGUAUAGCAUUACAUUAAUUAUAGAUUAGAGUUCUUCCUCCUUUUACGUCUCACUCAAGACAUAUCUUCGUAGAAGACUCGUUCAGCUGCUAGUGAACCUGCCUGGGUAUGUCAGCAUUUCCACCAAAGCUCUCCUCAGACUUUCGGCCUGGCUCAUAAUGCUGUCUCUGAAUCUUGGAGUAUACAGGUUUGGGACUUGACGGCUGCUGCUUGAGUAACUAGAGUUUCAGCUAGGGAUAAACCCACGAGCUAGUAUUGGUACCAACUAUACCUUCGUAGUUGGCACUAGUGGUGUCUAGGGGUAAAAAGCUUUUUUCCCAAAUGUCUAUCGGGAAGACACAAAGUCUUCAUUGCCAUACUAGGGAGGCGAAAUCCAACCUGAACACAAAUGCCAAGUACCCGUAGUAGACUCCACGUCCUGCUCGGUUUGGCUUCAGGCCGCAGCAAGGUCCCCAAACUCGAAAUAGGUCCGGGAGAGACGGGUUGGUGACGCUACCAUUUUAUUUGUGUUUCUUACCACUAGUAACUCAGCUAAAAGAAGACUGUAUGAUGGACCGCCACUGGUCUCUCCUCAAAAAAGUCCUCAGCCACGAAUUCACCAUUAACGAGCAUUUUACCUUACAAAGACUCUAUGACAUGCACCUUCAUAAAUAUUCAGAACAGGUCGAAGAAAUCGUUGACCAAGCCAGAAAUGAAGCCAAAAUGGAAAAAACAUUACAAAAAAUCAAAGAAACCUGGGACGUCGUCACUUUUGAAAGGCAGCAGCACAAGAAUACCGAUGUGCAGCUCCUAAGAGUCUCUGAAGAAAACUUUGAGGUUCUCGAAGAGCACAUGGUGAGUGUCCAGAACAUGUUUGCUAGCAGAUAUUUGGCAUAUUUUGAAGAACUUGUGGUAUAUUGGCAAAGAGCUUUAAGCAAUAUUUCUGAUAACACCCAGCUAUUAGCAGAAGUCCAAAGAUCGUGGUCUUUCUUAGAAAAUCUUUUCAUACAUUCAGCAGAAGUCAAAAAGGAGCUUCCACAGGAGUCAGAAAAAUUCAUUGAUAUUGAUAAAGAAGUCAAAGAAAUCAUGAAACAAGGAGACUCACUAGAUAUCGUCAAAAACUUCUGUAUGCUUGAAGGCAUUGGAAAAAGGCUUGAAAAAGUCCAAGAAGAGCUUGCUAUGUGUGAGCGCGCACUUAAUGAGUUCUUGGACCGCAAAAGAGAAGCUUUCCCUAGAUUUUAUUUCGUGUCCACUAUGGAUCUAUUAGAUAUUCUAUCUAAUGGUAAUAAUCCUAAAAGAAUCAUGCGCCACAUGUCAAAAGUAUUUUUAGCUAUCCAAGAGCUUAUUCUUGAAGAAGGCGGCGAAAGGCCAUUUGCAACUGAUAUUAUUUCCUGUGUAGGCACCGAACAGGUUAAAUUUUACAGAAAGCAAGAGCUGAAAGGCAAAGUUGAGUCUUAUUUGUCAGAUUUAAUUGACUGUAUGAGACAAACAUUGAGAGAAAUUGUUGAAAAAUCAAUUGUGGAGUUCGGGAGAAAACCAAGAGAACAGUGGCUGAAAGAAGAUCCAAGUCAGGUCAGUUUGUUAGUCAAUUUAAUGGACUGGGUUAAUAAGACAGAAGAUGCUUUUAGAGCGCUAGGACACGAUAAAGAAGCAUUGGCAAAAUAUCAUAAAUAUGUAAUUGGUGCCUUGACAAGCCUAAUUAAGAUGGUCCAAGGAGACUUAGACAGACCUUAAUCUUAAUCUUAAUUAUCUAUAACGCUUUACGUCCACUACGGGGUAGCCAACUCCAGAGCUGCCACCAUAUUUAUCCACGUGUCGGGCCCAGAAAUCGCUGGAUCGAUCCCUUUUGAUCGCCAGGGCACGGAUAAAUAAGGCGUUCCGGCUUCAACGAGCUUCGCUGCCGCCACGCUUUAUUUCGACUCAGCUCCUGCACGUGUUCCGCCUGAGGGUUCACCUUCCUUCGGGUGUGCUGAUGGGUAAAAAACUCCAGAUCUUGAGUGCACUGAGGAGCAGUUCCUCUGGUUAUCCCCAAAGUUAAACCGCUGUUGCUGUGCAGAAGUUCUUGAGGUAAAAACCCAACCCCAUAAAUAAAAUUGCUUUGAGCGAGAGAAAGUUAGCAGAGCUAACCUCGCUUGAGCGAAAGCCAUUUUAUUUAUGACUUAGACAGACCAGUCAGAGUAAAAGUUAUGGGUUCCUUCACACGAGAUCUACUCCAUAAAGACUAUUUUUUUUUGGCCUAUUUUUUUUUUGGCCUAAUUUUUUUUUUGGCCUAUUUUUUUUUGGCCUAUUUUUUUUGGCCUAUUUCAUGACGACUAUUUUUUUUUGGCCUAAUUUUAUUUCGCCUAUUUUUUUUUGGCCUUUUUUUUUUGGCCUAUUUUUUUUUGCCUAUUUUUUUUUGGCCUAAUUUUUUUUGGCCUAUUUUUUUUUUAGCCUAUUUUUUUUUGGCCUAUUUUUUUUUGGCCUAUUUUAUUUUGACAUCUUUUUUUGGACUUUUUUUUGGCCAUUUUUUAGCUAUUUUUUACUAAUAUUUGGGCCUAAUUUCAUACUAAUGCUUUUAAUAUGAUUUUUAGUGUAUUUUAAACCAUUUUAUCAACAUAAAAUACACCUUUAACAGAUCUCUUACUCCAAUAAUGCUAAUUCAUUGCUUUUUCAAUUUCUAGAAUUUUAAAUUUAAUUAGGAUUUUUCCACUUAAUUUACUCAAUGUUAAUCGUGUAAGGAAAUACAUCCGUUACCCAAUAAUUAUUUAGUUCUCUCAGCAGCUUCAUGAAUUAUCCUCGACAGAAAAAAUAGACCUAAAAAAAAUAGGCCAAAAAAAAUAGGCCAAAAAAAAAAUAGGCCAAAAAAAAUAGGCCAAAAAAUAUAGGCCAAAAAAAAUAGGCCAAAAAAAAAAUAGGCCAAAAAAAAAUAUGCCAAAAAAAUAGGCCAAAAAAAAUAGGCCAAAAAAAAUAGGCAAAAAAAAAUAGGCCAAAAAAAAAUAGGUGAAAAAAAAUAGGCCAAAAAAAAUAGGCCAAAAAAAAUAGGCCAAAAAAAAAUAGGCCAAAAAAAAAAGGCCAAAAAAAAAAUAGCCAAAAAAAAAAAGGCCAAAAAAAAAUAGGCCAAAAAAGAAUAGGCCAAAAAAAAAUAGGUGAAAAAAAAAUAGGCCAAAAAAAAUAGGCCAAAAAAAAUAGGCCCAAAAAAAAAAUAGGCCAAAAAAAAAAGGCCAAAAAAAAUAGGCCAAAAAAAAAAGGCCAAAAAAAAAUAGGGCCAAAAAAGAAUAGGCCAAAAAAAAAUAGGCCAAAAAAAAAAAUAGGCCAAAAAAAAAUAGGCCAAAAAAAAAUAGUCGUUAUUGAGUAGACCUCGUGUGAAGACACGAAAGUUAUGUGUAUGAUUACUAUGGAUACUCACUCGAGAGAUAUCUUAGAAAAGCUUUGCGGAGAAGGUGUAACCAGAGAUGAUGAAUUCCAAUGGCAGUCUCAGCUUAAAGCUUAUUGGACUGCUGAUACCAAAUCUACAGUCCUCAGAGUCUGCGAUGCCCAGAUCCAAUAUGGCUAUGAAUAUCUCGGAAACGGUGCAAGACUUGUCGUCACCCCUCUUACUGACAGAAUUUAUGUGACAGCCACACAAGCUUUGCAUCUAAAAAUGGGCUGCGCCCCUGCAGGCCCUGCUGGUACAGGCAAAACUGAGACCACCAAAGAUUUAGCAUCUGCUAGUGGGAAAGCUUGUUACGUCUUUAACUGUUCAGACCAAAUGGAUUAUCAGUCAAUGGGAAACAUCUUUAAAGGUUUGGCUGCUUCAGGCUCAUGGGGUUGUUUUGAUGAGUUCAAUAGACUUGUCCCUGAAGUGCUGUCUGUGUGUUCUGUCCAAUUCAGAGCAGUCACUAACGCAAUUAAAGCUGGUCGUCAAAGAUUUGAGCUAGAAGGCUCUGAGGUCGCCUUAGACCCUACUUGUGGUGUUUUUAUCACUAUGAACCCUGGCUAUCUUGGUCGUUCUGAACUUCCUGAAGGUCUAAAAGCCUUAUUUAGGCCAAUCACAGUCGUCGUGCCUGAUCUUGAGCUUAUUUGUGAAAACAUGCUUAUGGCUGAAGGCUUUAUUGACGCUAAAAUUUUGGCAAGAAAAUUCACAGUGCUGUAUGCACUUUGCAAAGAUUUGUUGUCGAAACAGCUUCACUAUGAUUGGGGUCUUAGAGCCAUUAAGUCUGUGCUGGUCGUCGCUGGUGGGUUUAAACGUGCAGAACCACAGCUUGCAGAAGAAGCGCUGCUUAUGAGAGCACUUAGAGAUUUCAACCUUCCUAAGAUUGUAGAAGAAGAUUUGUCUAUUUUCCAUGGGCUGCUUGUUGAUCUUUUCCCUGGAGUCAAAGUAAUCUUUUUUUUUUGCUUUUUUUUUCUGCAAAUUAAUAGUAAAUUUUUUUUUUUAAUUGUAUAGAAAAUAAGAAUUUUUUUUAUAAGAGAUAUUUAUUGUUAAUUGAUAUUAAGAUAAAUCCUAAGGUGGAUUUAGACUUUGAAGCUGUAAUUCAAGGCUGCUUAGAAGAUGCCAAGCUUUAUCCUGAAAGAGAAUGCAUCAAAAGAGUAGUCCAGCUUCAAGAACUGUUAGAAAUCAGACAUUGUGUCUUUAUUAUGGGCCCACCUGGAUCUGGGAAGUCUACAACCUGGAAAAUGCUUGUAAAAGCAAAUGACAAAUGUGGCAGAAAAACUACUGCAGUUGAUAUCAGCCCGAAAUCCAUAUCUACCAAUGAACUGUACGGGCAUGUCCUCAUGGCCACUCGUGAGUGGAAAGAUGGAAUUCUCAGCAAAACUAUGAGAUCCCUCGGAGAUAUAACUGAUACACUACCUAAAUGGAUCAUUUUAGAUGGAGAUUUGGAUGCAAACUGGAUCGAAAGUAUGAACUCAGUCAUGGACGAUAACAAAAUCCUUACCUUAGCUUCGUAAUUAAUAUGGUGACAACUAAAUAUGUCCUCGACGAUUACAAAUUUCUCGCAAAAAACGUUUUAUAGCCUGUACCAAGGCUCAAACCCUUUGAAUCUAGCCCUUAGCGUACUUCGAGCUGCUGAAUGGGAUAGGUAAGCCUUGUGAGUCAGCUGGUAAGGACUCUUUAACCAAAUAUUAGUUAUCCUCAGGUUCUUUCAGCAAGCUAAUGCGCUAUUUAAAGCGCGCGGUGGAAAGACAAAUAUGGAGAAGACUUUAAAAUCCUAUUAAUUUAAUUUACCUUAGCUUCAAAUGAGCGUAUCCCUCUUAAGCCUCACAUGAGAAUGCUUUUCGAAAUUCGUGAUUUACGCUUUGCCUCUCCUGCCACUGUGUCUCGUGCUGGUAUUCUGUACAUAUCAGACACCUCAGGCUACCAAUGGCGAGCUUUCUAUAAAGCCUGGAUCGCCAGAAUGACCUAUGACGACGCUACCAAAGAAAACCUAAACAAGCUUUUCGAAAGAUAUGUCCAGAAAACCCUAAAUUACCUCAAAAAAUCAGUCCAAUUUGUAGUGCCAGUCGUCGAUAUCAACCUAGUAUCAUCACUUUGCUCUAUGCUUGAAAGCUUACUUGUAGGCGAAAUCAAGGCUUUGGAGUACUGGUUUGUCUUCUGCACAGUAUGGGCUAUAGGUGGCUGCUUAAGCGAAAAAGAUGGAAAUGACUAUAAAAAGAAUUUCUCAAACUGGUGGAAACAGAAGUGGAAGACUAUUAAAUUCCCUGGAAAAGGGACCAUUUUUGACUAUUUCGUCAAUUAUGAGUCGUCGAAAUUUGAAGAGUGGGGAGAACAGGUCAAGCCUUAUGAGUUCGACUCCUCGACACAGAAAAUGAACAAUGUGACAGUCCCGACUACUGAGACCGUAUCAAACUCGUACUUCAUACAGGCGUUUAUUAAUAUAGGAAAACCAGUUUUAUUGAUAGGAAACGCUGGGUGUGGGAAAACACAACUGAGCAAAGGUGUGCUAAGAAGCUUGAACCCUGAACAAUUUUGCUUUGUAGUUAUCAACUUUAACUUCUACACUGACGCUUUGCUACUGCAAAACAUUAUGGAGCAGCCUCCAAUUGAAAAGAAGACAGGUAAGCAAUUCGGUCCUCCAGGCAAGCUUAAGCUGAUUUUCUUUGUAGAUGACUUAAAUAUGCCACAGCUUGAUGUCUAUGAUACACAAACUUCUAUAGAGCUGCUAAGACAGCAUGCUGACUAUGUUCAUUGGUAUGACAGAUCUAAGCUUACCAUAAAAGAAAUCAUUAACACCCAAACCAUCGCAGCCAUGAACCCUACAGCAGGCUCAUUUUACGUAAACCCAAGAUACCAGCGCCAUUUCUGGCAUUUGACUAUACAGUUCCCUGAAGCUUCCAGCUUGUUUACGAUUUAUAACACCUUUGCGUUGGGACACUUCGGAAAAGGGUUUAAAGCGUCAGUACAAGAAAUUGUGUCUCCUAUUAUAAAAGCAGCUAUUUCUUUGCAUCCUUCUAUGGUUGAGAAAUUCAGAAAGACAGCUAUUAAUUUCCAUUAUGAGUUUAGCAUUAGACAUUUAGCUAAUAUUUUCCAAGGACUAUUGGUAGCCCAGCCUGCCCAAUUCCCUGAGCCAGAAAAAAUUAUAAAGCUAUGGAUCCACGAAUCAGAAAGAAUUUAUGGAGAUCGCCUUGUUUCAAAAGCCCAUUUAGAUGCAUACAGAGGUAUUAUGGGUGAACUCAUCAAGAAAACUUUUGCAAAGUUCCCAAGUCUCAGCAGAUAUUUCCAGUCAAAUCCUGAGCCUCUGGUGUUUUCUCAUUUUGCAGGUGGACUUGUUGAAAGAGUUUAUGACCAGGUACCUUCAAUAGACUCUCUUUUCAAAGUCCUUGAUGAAGCUUUAAAGGAGUAUAAUGAUAUCAAUGCAGCUAUGGACCUUGUCCUUUUCGAAGACGCCAUGAAGCACGUCUGCAGAAUUUCUAGAAUUGUUAUGAACCCUGCUGGACAUGCCUUACUUAUCGGAGUUGGUGGCAGUGGUAAGCAAUCCUUAUCAAGAUUGGCUUCGUUUAUAUGUGGCUAUACCACCACCCAAAUCACUAUUUCCCAAGCUUACUCUAUAAAUGACCUUAAAACAGACUUGCAAUCUAUGUAUAACAAAGCAGGAAUUAAAAAUGAAGGCGUCCUUUUCUUAUUCACAGAAGGCCAGAUCACUAAUGAAAGGUUUUUGGUCUACAUUAACGAUUUAUUAAGCAGUGGAGAAGUCGCUGAUCUUUACCAAACUGAAGAUAAAGACAAUAUCGUCAAUGCUAUAAGAGCAGCUGUCAAAGGAGCGGGGAUAAUAGAUAACAGAGACAACUGUUGGAACUUCUUUAUUGACAGGGUCCGCACCAACUUGCAUAUGGCGCUUUGUUUUUCGCCUGUCGGAGAUUCAUUUACUCCCCCCUUCCAUGAGCAAACAAAAAUUUUUUUGUUUGCUAACGGAGAGGGGUUAAUUUUUUUUUAAAAAAUAUUUUAUAUAAAAAAUUUUAUAGAAAAUUAUUUUUCUUCGAAAUUUAAAAAAAUCAUAAUUCGCAAAAUUGGAAAGCAAAUAUUAAUUUAAUUUGUAAAAUUUAUGUUUUAAAACGCGGUUUGUUUGAAACUGGGCAGAAUUAGCUUGAGAUUUCAUUAUACUAAUUAUCACUUAUAUAUCAAAAUUUUUUUCCAUAAAAAUUUUUGCUCGCUUUCGGAGGGUGGGUUUUUGGGCAAAAAAAUACGGAUUUUUCUAAUGGUUUUGUUCGCUCACGGAGGGGGGGAGUUAGAAACAGGUCAAGAAAGUUCCCAGCCAUAGUAAACUGCACAGUCAUUGAUUGGUUCCACGACUGGCCUAAGGAUGCACUUUUGUCAGUCGCUGACCGUUUUCUAGCAGCAAUGGACUUAGGCGUUGAAGAGGUCAGAAAUGGGGUCGUCGAGUUUAUGCCGUUUUCGUUCAACGCAGUUAACCAGCUGUCAGUGAAAUUUAAAGAACAAGAAAAAAGAUUCUGCUAUACCACUCCUAAAUCUUUCUUAGAGCUGAUUAAGCUGUUCACUCUGAUGCUUUCUAACUCCCACCUCUUUAAAUUGGAACAAAAUAUAGGUAAAAUUUCCACUUUUUUGGUAAAUUAACCCCCCUUUAAAUUGGAACAAAGUUUAAUUUUAAUAAUAAAAAAUUUUAUAUAUAAAAAUCAUAAUUUUUAUGUAAAAGGCUUUGAUAUAAGUUAAAUGUUUCUUCUUAGCUAAAAUUAAAAAUUUAGUUAUACCUUGCUCUUGUUUAAAGAAGAGAGUAUAAAAAGCUUCUUAUUUAAAUAAAUUUAUUAUCCUUAAUUGCUAAAUUUUUUUUUAAAUAAUUUUGAUAUAAAUUACAUACGAAUUCUUUACAAAAAAUUUAUUUUAAAGAUUAGACUAUAAAUAAUAUCUUAUUUAAACAAAAUUAGCACUUUGAUCGAUAAAUUUCUAAAAUUUUUUUUUUUAAUAUUUUUUCUAUUCAACAAAAAUAAUAAUUUUGUGUAAAUAGUUUUGAUACCAAUUAAUAGUGGCGUAUUAACUAAUAAUAAAAAUUUAGUAAUAUCUUGCUUUUUUUUAAAGGAUAAAAAGUAAAUAGCAUUUUAUUAAACAAAUUUAUUAACCUAAUUCGAUAAUUUUUGAAAUAUUGUUUUUUAUAAAAAAAAUUUCUUUUCCCCCCCUUUAAAUUGGAACAAAAUUUUUUGUUCCAAUUUAAAGGGGGGGAGCAAGAAGAGAAAUGAAAUUAUUACGAGCAAAGAAAGACUGGAAAGUGGGCUGAUUAAGCUGAUAGAAACACAGGAAAACGUGUCCAAGCUUGAAAUUGACUUAAAAGAAAAGCAGGUAGAAGUCGAGGUGAAAAAGACAUCGGCUGAUGAAUUUGCUGCAAAAGUUGGACAAGAAAAAACAGUCGUGACCCAAGAAACUGAAAAUGCUAACAAGGAAGCUGCAGAGUGUGAAAGAAUCCAAGCAGAAGUUGAAGAAAAGAAAGCGUCUUGCGAAAAAGAUUUAGAAAAAGCUUUGCCACUUUUAGCAAGAGCUCAAGAAGCCUUACUCCCCCCUUUGUAAGUGACCAAAAGCAUUUUGUUCACUCACGGAGGGGGUUUAAAAAAUUUAGAUAUAAAUUUUAUAGAAUUUUUUUCCAAAAAAUCCCACUUCUCGAAAAUUGGAAGGCAAAUAUUAAUUUUAAAUUUGUAAAAUUUAUGUUUUAAAAACGCAAUUUGUUUAAAAUUAAACAGAAUUAGCUAAAUUUCUAUUUAAAAAAUUUUUGUUCACUCACGGAGGGUGGUUUUUGGGCAAAAAAUAGGGAUUUUUCCAAUGGUUUUGCUCACUCACAGAGUGAGGGAGUUAGCUACCUUGCAGAAAAAGGAUUUCACAGAUAUGAAAUCUUUCGCCAAGCCUCCUCCAGGAGUCGACGAUGUCACUGCAGCCGUCAUGGUCCUUACCGCUACUUUAGAUCCCAACGUCCCUGUCGAUAGGCAAGGUAACGUCACUGACAAGUCUUGGAAAGCCUCUAUCAAGCUUAUGGCUAACCCUGAAGCUUUCAAAACUUUCCUGACUAACUUCAAAACUCACAUUGACAACCAAGAUGUCCCAGACAAGAACUUUAAAGCAGUCCGUCAAUAUCUCAGUCUUGAUCACUUUAAUGGAGAAGCUAUGAAAACCAAGUCAUUAGCUGCCAAGGGGCUUUGUGAGUGGGCUAUCAACAUUACUGCAUACUAUGACUGCGUCAGAGAAGUCGAGCCUAAGCGUGAAGCUUUAAGACAAGCCAGUAUCCAAUUAAAUCAAGCCAACGAAAAAUUGACCCUCACUAAAGAAAGAGUCGCUGAACUAGAAGCCAAGCUAAAAGAUUUGGUCGAACAAUAUGAUGCAGCUAUUGCUGAAAAAGAAGCUGUAGAAAAGGAAGCUGAAAGAUGUGCAAGAAGACUGAACUUGGCUAACAGACUUGUGAAUGCCUUGGCAAGUGAAAAAGACAGAUGGAGCGAAAGUAUUGAAAACUACGGAAAAGGGCUUGAAGUCCUUGUAGGAGACGUCCUCAUUUCUAGUGCUUUUAUCAGCUAUGUAGGACCAUUUACCAAGAAAUAUAGAGAUAUUCUUAUAAGAGACCAGUUUUUGACUUUCUUCGUCCAGAAGAAAAUCCCAAUGUCUCCUAAUGCAAAUCCAUUGACUUUGCUUACAGAUGAAGCGACCAUCGCUAAAUGGAACAACCAGUUCUUGCCAGCUGAUCAGGUGUCUAUAGAAAACGGUACUAUUUUGGCCAACACUGAGCGCUGGCCACUUAUUAUUGAUCCUCAGUUGCAAGGCAUUACUUGGCUUCGUGAAAAAGAAAAAACCAAUAACUUGCAGAUAGUCAGGCUUAACACAAAGGCACUUACCCGUACUAUGGAAACUUCUAUUGACCUUGGAUAUAGUGUCAUUAUUGAAAAUAUUGAAGAAUCCAUUGAUGCUGUGCUGUCUCCUGUAGUAGCUCGUAACUAUAUCAAAAGAGGUGCUAAAAAAUACCUGAAGCUAGGAGAUAAAGAAAUCUGUUGGACUCCUUCAUUUAAACUUUUCUUACACACAAAGCUGUCUAACCCUCAUUACCCUCCUGAAAUCCAAGCAGAAACAGCACUUAUUAACUUUACUGUUACACAAGAUGGUUUAGAAGAUCAACUGCUUAACCUUGUCGUCAAAAAAGAGCGUCCAGAUCUUGCCAGAAUGCGUGAAGAGCUGAUUCAGCAGCAAAACUCUUUUAAAAUCAAGCUAAAAGAAUUAGAAGAAGACUUGUUGUUCAAAUUAACCAAUGCUAAAGGUGAUAUUUUAGAAGACAUCGAGCUCAUUGAAAACUUGGAAACCUCCAAACGAAUUGCAGGCGAAGUCAAAGAAAAAAUGGAAAUCGCCAAAGUGACUGAAGUAAAAAUCCUCCGUGCUUCUGAAGAAUACCGCCCUGCAGCUAGCAGAGGUGCUUUAGUCUUUUUCAUGAUGAACGAACUUCACAAGGUCCAUACCUUCUACAUGUUUUCACUAGAAGCCUACUUAUUAGUCGUCAUGCGCGCUAUUGACAUUGUAGCUGAAAAAUACCGAGCCCCAAGCGCUACCAAGUCUAAACGUGGAAAAACUCCUGAGGUCACCGAAAUCGUGAAGCCUGAAAACGUCAGCAUGGAAAACCCAUCAGGCCAAGCCCAAGAAGGCGAAGAAAAGAAAGACGAGUCUUUCCAAUCCCAAGCACCAAAAGAAGAAGAAAAGAAAGAAGAAGAGAAAAAAGAAGAGCCAGAAGCAAAUGAAGCAGAAAUGGAAGAAGAGGAAGAAGUCCAGCAGGAAUUAAGCCCAAGGUCACUGAGAAAAAGAGUGUCUGAGCUGACUGAGUCAAUUACAUAUCAAUCACAUAUAUACGUCAGAAGAGGCUUAUUUGAGCAGCAUAAAUUAUUGGUGGCGACUAUGCUUUGUUUUAGGGUCAUGAUUAAGGAUGGAAAAAUUGAUGAGCAGGAGUAUGCAUUUUUAAUUAAUGGAAAACCUAUGGUAGAUGCAGGACAUCAAUCAGAAAAUUUGAAUUGGUUUAGUGAGUAUCAGUGGGGGAUGAUUAAAGCGCUAGAUCAAUUAGGCCCGUUCCAAGGGCUAGCAAGCAAUGUAGAUAGUGAUUAUUUGCAGUGGAAAAAGUGGUAUAUGGAAGAAAAGGCAGAAAUUUCAGACCUGCCGCGUAAUUUCAAAGAAAUUUCUUAUUUCCACAAACUUUUAUUAAUAAGAGCGCUCAGACCAGACAGAAUUACUAGCGCUUUAAGCAUUUUUGUUAGAGAACAAUUAGGUAACCACUACAUCGAGCAGACUCCUUUUAAUAUGUUUGAAACUUAUAAAGAAACCUCUAAAACGGUCCCUGUGUUCUUUGUCUUGUUCCCUGGUGCUGAUCCUACCCCAGAAGUCGAAGAAGUUGCAGAAACCUUAGGGAUCACUGCCCUUAACAAUAAAUUCAGAAAUAUAUCUAUGGGUCAAGGCCAAGAGAAAAACGCUGAGCAAGCUAUGGAGCAGCUUUCACAAAAUGGUGGCUGGGUCAUGCUUCAAAACGUCCAUCUCAUGCAAAGCUGGCUCAAAGUACUCGAAAACAUGCUUGAAAAAUUCUCCAAAAAAGCCCACGAAAACUUCCGAUGCUUCAUUUCUUCAGAGCCUCCAGCGCUGCCUGAUAUGAAAAUCAUCCCUGAGACUAUUUUGCAAAACUGUGUUAAGGUAGCUAAUGAAGCUCCACAAGCUCUUAAAGAUAACUUAAGGCGUGCUUAUAGCCAUUUCUCUCAAAAAGAUUUAGAUUCGUCUGGCCAAGUACAGAUUCCAGCCAUCCAUCCCCACCCCAGUCCAACCCCAACCCUGUGAUCAUAGAUUCCACCCCACCCACUUCACCCCCAUAUAACGAUGACCCCUCCCCUCAAUCUUCAUGUCUAUUGCAACAAAAAAUUUUUGGAAAAAAUUUUCAUGCCUACUGCAACACAACAUUUUUAUAAAAAAAAUUAAUGCAUUUUUCUCUAGGUGAGUUUCUCAAAAAAACUAUAAACAGCGCUGCUGUAGGCAUGUCAAUGGCCUUCUCAUCGAGAUUUAGACGGCUAUUGUCAUCGCUCGCCAUUUUAUUAAACUUAUCUAGCUAAAAAGUACGGAAAAAAUUUAAGAUGCGCAUCGAAAAUUUGUUGCAAGAGGGUUAGGAUUAUUACAGACAGGCGCUAGCCAUAUUGGUGACGCAGUCAUUAAAGACCUCCCGUACGGAAGGUUCUACCACUUUUCGACUCCAGCCCAGAGGGUCUAUCCCUCUUACGAGUGCCCUUCCGGUACCUUCUGUCUCAUCCUUGCCCUGUGGCUUCAGUCUUGAGAGGGCGGCUUAUGGAUUUCUACGGGCGAUAGGAGUAGCUUGACUCCAAGGAUCAGUUCCUUAGAGUCUAUCGGGUGUCAAAGUGCCUUCCUUCGACAGCUACAGGAAAAAGACUGCUCCCCUGUGGCUUGGGCCGAAGCCCCCAGUUUCUCGGUAGAGGAAUGCCCAUGUGUCCUCGGAUCCAAAGGACGCUGUUGAGCGCAUCUAUUUCCAAUAACAGGAAAGCAGCUAAAACCUACCCGGAUACACACUUCUUGAGCCUGCGUCUGAUUCUCGGCUCGGAGUUCAUCCCAGUCCGCCGUAGCCAUAAGGUCUGGACUGCUGCGCUAAGAGGGCAGGUUGAUACGUGUCGCUAUUUUAAUUAUCAUUUAUAUAUCAAAAUUUUUUUCCAUAAAAAUUUUUCUAUUAAAAAAAAAUUUUUGUUCACUAGGGAUUUUUCUAAUGGUUUUGUUCACUCACGGAGGGGGGGGGAGUAAGCGAAAUAAAAUAUUUUUAUACAAAAAAAAAUUGAUAUAUUAGCUAUUAUUAAUAUAAUGAAAUCUUAAUUUUGAAAAAAUAGCUUUUUAAGCAUAAAUUUUAUAAAUUUAAAUUAAUAUUCGGUAUCCAAAUUUUACGAAAAUUUUAAAUUUCGAAAAAAAAUUGCAUAUGAAUGGUCACACAAGAGGCAAGAGAAAAUACUCUCCAGCUUAUGAGGGAAGAAAAAAUUUAAGGGUAAUCAUAAAAAAGAGUGUACUUAUUUCAUUUUUUAACAAUCAAAUUUUACGCAUUUAAAAUUUACUUACCUUUAGAUUACUCAUUUAAAAGUAUCUUAUGCAUUUUUAGUAUAAUUAUAUAGAUUUUAAUUUGAUUUUUGAAUGCAUAAUUUGUUAAAAGGACAUAUAUUCCUUUUCUUAAAGCACAUCUUUAUUUGUCGAUAAUAUAUAACUUGAUCUCUCAAUGCAAAUGUUGAGCAAUAAAAUACUUACUCCCCCCCCCCUCCGUGAGCGAACAAAACCAUUAGAAAAAUCGCUAUUUUUUGACCAAAAACCCACCCUCCGUGAGUGAACAAAAUUUUUUUUAAUAGAAAAAAUUUUAAUGGAAAAAAAUUUUGAUAUAUAAGUGAUAAUUAGUAUAAUGAAAUCUAGAGCUAAUUCUGUUUAAUUUUAAACAAAUUGCGUUUUAAAACAUAAAUUUUGCAAAUUAAAUUAAUAUUUGCUUCCCAAUUUUUGCAAAUUAGGAUUGUUUUAAAUUUCGAAAAAAAAUAUUUUUUUAUAAAAUUUAUAUAUAAAUUGUUUUUUAAAAAAAAAUUAACCCCCCUCCGUGAGCGAACAAAAUUUUUUUGUUCGCUCACGGAGGGGGGGGGGGGAGUUAGUGGCUAAUAUCAGCUCGUUAAGAUUAAGUCGAAUAUUGAAUUGAGAAGAUUAUUAGAGAUAAAGCAAUAACUCUAAUUAAAUCCUUUUAAUUUUAUAUUAAUUCUUCAUCUGUAGGCUGCUGUGGCAUAGCCCAUAGCAAUUCGAUUCUUAUUUGAUUUCCGAGCCUUCAAUUUUUACGAUCUUGAAAAAAUCGGCAGCUUUAUAGCUGUAAAACAAUUUCUUGAGCUAGAGAGGCAAUUGAUAGGCAUCUAUUAUAAAACUAGCUUUUUAAAAUAUUAAGGAAUCAUUGUGCAACCAUUUCAACCUACAUUAAUGCAGCCAUUUCAACCUAUUAAUGCAACUGCUUAAACUGAUAAAUUGUUUUUCAUUUAAGCACGGCAAAACAUGAGCAGCUCGAUACGAAAUUCACAAUCAGCCCACUUCUAUUAGCUUCAGCAUUAUGCCUGAACGAAAAAAAAAGAAUCAACCCCUAAAUUUACUUUUUGGACUUGAUAUCCUUCAUAAAUAUAGUAUAAUAGGUAAUUAAUAGCAUUUUAGCUUACUCCCCCAUCCAUGAGCUAACAAACAAAAUUUUGUUCUUAACAAAGGGGCUAAUUUUUUUUGAAAAUCCCAAUUCGUAAAAAUUGGAAAGUAUAUAUUAAUUUGUUUUAUAUAAUUUAUUUUUUGAAAUAAGCUGUUUAAAAUUUAACAGAAUUAACUCGAGAUUUCUAUCAUACUAAUUAUCAUAUAUCAUACAUUUUUUUCCAUUAAAAUUCUUUUUGUUCCUCACGGAGGGUGGGCUUAAGCAAAAAAAAUAGAGAUUUUUCUAAUGGUUUUGUUCGAUCACGGAGGGGGGAGUUAGGCCUGUUUGCUAAUAAAUAUCUUAGUUAUUAUAUGCAUGCUUUAGCAUCUUUCGAAAUUAUCAGUUAAGUUUAAUAUUAUGUCUAACUAAAUUUUUAUCGGAAAUAUUUUGUAUAAACUCUAUUUCCAAUUAAAACUUAUAUCUUCUUUAAUUUUAUGAUACGCUAGAUAAAAUAAAAAGAUUAGAUUUAUAAUCUCUUAUGUUCAUCUGGCUCUAAUAAAAGCUAUAAAUAACACUGUCUUUCAGCUAUUCAUUUUUUAAUAUCUUUUUCAAUAUAUUGUUAUAAUAAAAUUCAUCAAUGAAUCCAAAAUUAUUAUUUUAAUCGCAUUCAAUAUAUUAUGGGGAUGGGGCAGGAUCUAUGAUUACAAGGGGGUGGGAGUGGAGUUGGACAGGGGUGGGGGUGAGCGGUUGGAAUCUGUGCUAAACAAUCGUCUCGGAAGUCAAAUGAAUUUAAAGCUAUGCUUUUCGCUCUUUGUAUGUUCCAUUCAUUAGUCCUUGGAAGACGAAAAUUCGGGUCUCAAGGCUGGAGUAAGCAUUAUUCAUUUAAUGAUGGUGAUUUGACUAUUUGUUCUGAUAUUUUGAACAAUUAUUUAGCGAAAUAUGAUGAAGUCCCAUAUGCAGAUUUACGAUAUCUGUAUGGAGAAAUUAUGUAUGGAGGCCAUAUCACUGAUAACUGGGAUAGACGUACUUGUAACACUUAUUUACAAGUGUUAAUCAGGCCUGAGCUGAUGUCUGGCAUGAACUUGGCUCCUCAAUUCAAAUCUCCAGACCCAGCAAGAUUUGACUAUGAAGCUUAUUCUAAAUAUAUUGAAGAAAAACUGCCUAUAGAAUCCCCACAGAUGUUCGGCAUGCAUCCAAACGCUGAAAUUAACUAUUUAACAGCUACAGGAGAUAAACUAUUCACCACAAUCUUAGACGUGUCAGGUGUUUCUGGUGCUGGUGAAGCUGUAAAGAAAAAAGAAGACGUUGUAAUAGACCUAAUAAAUGCAUUUUUAGCUAAACUCCCACAGGAGUUCAAGAUGUUUGAAAUUACAGCGAAAACCAAGGAAAGGCCUCCAGAUGUAGUUGUCUGUUUGCAGGAGUGUGAAAGAAUGAAUAUUCUUUUAGGAACGAUUAGAAGGUCUUUAAUAGAACUUCAGAUGGGGCUAAGCGGAGCCUUGAAUAUUACGGAUAGAAUGGAAGCACUGUCAAAUUCUUUGUCUGUUAACAGAGUGCCUAAAGGAUGGGAAGAUGUCGCUUAUUUCUCUAAAAAAGUGCUUGGAAUUUGGUUUUUAGAUAUGUUGGAAAGAGUAAAACAGCUUGAAGAGUGGUCGAAAGAGCUAGUUUUGCCUAAAUCUUUGUGGAUUGCAGGGCUGUUUAACCCUAUGUCGUUUUUGACUUCUGUCAUGCAAACUACAGCAAGAUCGAAAAAUCUGCCACUUGAUAAUAUGACUUUGCAGACCACUGUGACAAAUUUCUUAAUCUUUUUAUAAUUUUUUUUUCAAAUGUAAAAAAAUAAUUUUAUAUAAUUUAUAUAAAAUAAAUAGUGAGAAUGAGAGAUAGAACCUGAUGAAAUCCACAAUUACCCAGAAAAUGGAGCAUAUGUGCAUGGGUUCUUUUUAGAAGGAGCUGCAUGGGAAUUAGGAAGAAGCCCAACUGAAGAAGGGUACUUAACAGACUCUACAUUGAAAGAUCUAUAUCCUAAGCUGCCUGUAGUCAAUGUUUUAGCGGUGCCAAUUGAAGAAAAAGCUACCUUAGGAAUUUAUGACUGUCCUUGCUACGUCACCUCACAGAGAGGACCAACUUAUACCUAAUUACAAUAAAUAAAAACAUUCAUACGUAUUAUGAAAGGGGUUGACAGUUGGUAUGCUUUUAUUCAUUAUAAUUUAGUUAUAUGUAUUUACUGCUGGCUUGAAGAUGGAAAGUGAAGAAAGCGAUCCAAAGAAAUGGGUACUGGCUGGUGUCGCUUUACUUAUGGCUGAAGGAUAA